AUGAGACGCACAAUCAUUGGUAAUUCAAUCUGCGACCAUUGCCAAGCUGAAGUUGAAGACCCACUCCAUGCCUUGUGGACUUGCACUGAGUUGGACACGGUCUGGGCAAAUCAAGCUUUAUGGGAAUUCCGAAACUCCGUCAGUUUUGCAGAUUUUGAAGACUUGGUUUCAUGGAUAAUAGCAGAGGGUAAACAACUGGAUCUUUUUGCAAUCACCGCAUGGUCAGUGUGGAAUCAAAGAAACAAAGCUCGGGUACAAGCUUCUAUUAUUGACCUUCAUCAAAUUGUCGCUGCUGCAAGAAUUAGUUUGGAUGAGUUUCGCAUGACAAGACAAGGACUAAAGUUUCAGAGGCAACGUGCAAUCCAAUCAGCACAAAACCAAUGGUUUCCUCCUCCAACGGACGUGGUGAAAAUAAAUUUCGAUGGAGCGACGUGUCCAAAAAAGAAGAAGGCCGGUAUAGGAGUAGUGAUUCAUGAUGUAAAUGGUUUGGUGCUGGCCUCAUGUGCAAAGAUAAAACACCAACCUUACAAGGCAGUGGAGAUUGAAUCCUUGGCAACAGCAACGACACUAUCCCUUGCAACAAAUCUUGGUUUUCGAUGGGUUAUUUUGGAGGGAGAUUCAAUGGAAGUGAUACAAGCUUUGCAAGAGAAUUCAUAG